AUGGCAGCACUAGAUACGCAAGAUAAAUUUUGGUUUUCAUUUUCAUUUCAAGAGAUUAUACUAUCUUAAUUUUUAGAAUGAAUAAUACUAAGAGAUUUUUUAUCACCCUUAUAAAAUUUUAAGAAAUACUGGAGAGUUGUUGUUUAUUUUUAUUUAUAUUCAGUAUUCAUAACCAGUUCCAAUGAAGCCGAUAUAAACGAGGAGCGUCUCCAUUUUCUCACUUUGUGAGUAAAGGGCUCCUCGAGUUGAAGAUAACAUUUUCGACUCGAAAUCUUCCCAUAUUGUACGAAAAGAUAACAAACCGAGACCAAAUGGACUCGGACAGUUCACAAGAUGGCGAUGACCGCCAAAAUGGUUGUAGAAGAAGGGAUUGGGAGAAUCGUCAAAACAGUGAUGUUUCUGAUGAUGAAAAUUUCUCUCGUGGAGCAAAAUCUAUUGACUCACCUCCUGAAUCCCCACCUAGAGGUGGAGGGAAUUUAGAUUCACCUCCUGCAUCUCCAGCACAAGGAGUUGAAUCUCCACAUUCUGUGUAUUCUGGUAGCAGGAGUGGAGGAAGUAGUGCUGAAGGUACUCCAGACUAUCCUCAAAGCCCAGAUUCACCUCCUCCUAAAUCUCCUGCUAGUCCAGACAGAGCUGAUAGCAGAAGCCGACUUACAGAAAGAGAUGACAGUAUCAGCCCUGAUAGAGGUAAUAGUAGAAUCGGUGAAAGAGAAGAUAGUUCAAGCCCAGUUCCAGGUAGUGGUCAUUCUGGAGUGAGGAAUGACAGUCCAAGUCCUGGCAGAGACAAUAGUCCAGGAUCAUACAGAGAUAGAAGUGAAAGUCCUGAUAGGCACAAUGUUAGAGCUAGAGGCCGGGAUGUAAGCCUAAGUCCUGAAAGAGACACUAGGCACUCAUCAGAAAGAGAUGAUAGUCAGAGUCCUGAAAGAAGGAAUAGACAAGCAAGUAGCAGAGAUAGAAGUAUCAGUCCUACUAGGGAAUACAGUAGAAAUACAAGUAGUAAAACUGGAGAAUCUAUUGACAGAUAUAGCAAGCGAAGUUUUAGUCAAAGUCCUAAUGGUACUUAUUCAUCACUCAGAAAUGCUAGGUUUGCCAGUCCUGAGAAUAGUGAUAGUCCCAGGAGAGUAUAUCAUGAAAAAGAUAGUCAUCGAAGUAGUGUUAUGAAUCGAAAUCGUAGUCAGAGUCCUGAUAUUAAAUAUAGUUCUAGUCCUACCAGACAGGAUAAUCGUGAUAAGAAAAGUAAAGGUAAUAAAUCAAAAAGUCCUGAUGAUCGUACUACCUCAUACAGAAAUGAAAAUUCUCAGGAAUGGCCGGCAAGCCCUCCAACAGUAGAUUCAACUAGCAAUAAAGGAUCUCCAAAUAGAAAUAAAAUUGCAAGUCCUAGUAGUAUUGGUAGUUCAAGUCCAGUAGCAAAAAAAAGUAAAUACGACACAAGAGAUGAUAGUCCAGAUAGCCAUGCUCAGAGUAUAAGUAGUCGUGACAGUAGUCCUACUGAUGAGAGAAAUUUUCAUAACAUUAGAAAUCAUGUUAGAAAUAAGAGCUCCAAUGAAAGAAGCAAUCUGUCUUCUCCUGAAAGAAAUCUGAAAAAAGGUCGUCUUCACAAAGAUAAUGCUAGAAGUAAACACAAUCGUGAGAAACAUAAAAGUCCAAAUUAUAAACGUGUCAGUCCCAGGAGGCAUUCUGAUUCUGAUGGUAGAAGCAAUAUAUCUUCCGAUUCCUCUAUUGGCUCUCCAUCACCGAAAUCUAGAAGCCCUGAGCCCAAACGUGGUAAUAAGACUGAUAAAGUGGAGAUCAAAAGUCAUGGGGAAGACCUUUCUGAUGUGUCAGAUAUUGAGAGCAUUGGUUCUGAUGAAGAGCAGAAAGCAAAGGAAGUGAAAAAGAUUGAAAAAGAGAAAGAAGAAAAAGAAAAGAAAAAUGGGAUAAACCUUGAAGAAGCUGAACAACUUGACUUUGAAGCAGAAGAAAGUGAUUCCCCCUCUAAGAAAAAAGAUAAAGAUGCAGAAGAAGAAGAAGACGGCGAAGUUAAGGAGCUGGAAGAAGGAGAACUGUCCGAUGAAGGGGAGGUUAGACCUGAGGAGACUGAGCCUCGUCCAGUUUGUCGUUUCUUUUCCCGAGGGCAGUGCACCUGGGGCUCAAGCUGCAGCUUUCGACACCCGGAAGCAUUGCUUCCUCCUAUACGGCCAAGGUUCCCUAGACCUUUUCUCAGUAUCCGGGGCAGAGGCCAUCAUUUUCCUUUCAGGACCUUCAAUCCCAGGUUUGUUCAUCCUGGAGUGACGGACAAAGGAAAUUAUACAAUGUUUGACAUGGUGCGGCCACUUGUGCCUAUGAACUCUGGACCUCCUCCUCCUCACAUUUAUCCUCCUAUUGAUUGCUACCGACCUCCGAUAGAAAGGCCACCAAUAAUGGGGCCUCCUCCUUAUCAACAGCCAGUCCUGCGCAGGGAAGAACCGCCGGGUGAAUCAGCUUGGGAAAGAGGCCUCAGGCAAGCUAAAGAGAUGUUGCGGAGGUCAACCAAACGGAAAGAAACUGAUGCUGAUUUUGAAGAGAAGAAGAUGACACUUGGAAUAUCUGGACAAGAAGAAUACGAUAAAGAAAACGACUAUUACCCUCGACCAUCCAGUCCUGUUUAUGAUGAUUAUCAUGAAAGAUCUAAAGAAGGUGAAAAGAGAUACCGGAGUGUAUCAGAUAGGUUUGGGGACUACCCUCCUCCCAGUGGAUAUUAUCGGGAAGGAUGGUACGAUGAUCGUUCUCGUUAUCAUCACUCCUCAAGACACCAUUCAUCGGGUAAGGAAGAUUCCCCACAUGCUAUGAAAAAUAGCGAAGCAAAAUUGCACAAAGGACAGAGUGGUUAUGGAAGUCGUAGUGUACCAGAAGAUUAUUAUGAAUCCAGAAAGAAGAAGUAUUCUUCGAGGGAAGUAGUGGUUCAAAGAGGCGAUAAAGGAUCCUGGAAAGAAAACAGCCCUCCAUCUGUGAGGAGUCGAAGUGGAAGGGGUGAUGAAUGGUCUGAUCCUUGGAUGAGAUCUAAAUCACCAUCAAGAAAGGGUGCAUCAAGGAAAAAAUCCUAUUCAUCCAGAUCCCGUUCUUCUUCAUAUUCAUCGUCUUCUUCUAGGUCCAGUUCGAGUUAUUCUUCAUACAGUCAUUCGAGAUCGCAAUCUUCAAUAUCUCGGUCAGGAUCCUCUAGGUCAAGGUCGAGAUCUUCAUUCUCUAGGAAAAAGCUUUCACCACUUUCGAGAAGAGCUAAAUCACCCUUUUCACGAGAAAGAAGGGUUGGUGAAGGGGACAGAGGCCUCCAUAUGAAUCCACCUCCACCUAGUCCUAGAGGAUUGUCCCCUCGAAGAAAUCCUACUCCUCCUCCCCAAGCAGAGCGAAAUAGUCGAAACAUCUCUGCAAGGCUACUAGCUGCAGCGAUGAGGGAUAGGUCAGUUUCAUCGAGGUCUAGCUCAGGCUCAGAGUCAUCAGGUUCAAGCUCUGACAGUUCAAGUGAUUCCGGAUCUAGCUCCAGUUCUAGUAGCUCAACUAGGCGCAAACAUAACCGAAAGAAAAUCGAACUGGAUGAAAAAUUAGCUCAAGCUGUUAAAGCUAAGGCUAAGGCAAUGGAUGCGUUGAAAUUGUCUGGACAAAAACAACAAAUUAAGCUGACCUUAAAGGGCACUGGCUCUUCCAUUUCUGAAAGGUUAGCUGCUCCACUCACACGUAAGAGGCCAGCUCCUGACUCUCCUAAUUCAGGUGAAGACGACAGCUCUCCGAAUGUUGCAAAGAAAAAGAGUGCCCCUUCAAGAAGGGAAGAACUUUUGAAGCAAUUGAAAGCUGUGGAAGAUGCUAUUGCAAGGAAAAGGUCCAAAAUUUAAUUCAGGGGAUACUUAUUUGAAGGCAAUUUGCUUGCCUUAAUUUCCUUUAUUCUUAAAAUUAUUUUUUUACAUACCUCUAGUAGAAGCUGCUCCUGAAUUAAAGGAACAUCAAUUUUUGACCAAGUUGUUUUUGAACUUUUUUAAUUGAAAUAUUUUUAUUUUGUACAAAUUGUCUCCUUACAGCCUUCUCUAAGGCAAUAUGUAUAUUAGCUUGGAAACUUUAUCGAAUGAGAUGUGUAUAAAAAAUUAAAAAAGAGAAAAGCUAUGUAAAAUGAUUGUCAUUUUUGAUGAAAAUAAUUUAUAACAAAAACAUUUUGUAGAUUUUAGUUUUGAACAAAUAAACCAUGAUCAGUAUUUAUAGCUCUGAUUUUUUUUGCUUUUAUAAUCCUCUCAUGAGGAUCAGUUUCAAUUAUACUUUGGCUUCAAUUAUUCCUGUUCCCUCGCUCUUUCUUCUUUCAGCCAUCAAUUUAUGGUCACACAGAAUACGCUUACUUUUUUCAGGCAAUUUUGUUAUUAAAAAAAAAAUAAGUUUCUUAACUGUUGGUUUUAAUAAUUGGCAAUUAGAAAUUAGUCCUUACCUGAGGUCUUUAAGUUUAUGCCAAUACACUUGUUGACAAACUACAACCUUAAAACUGAUGAUGCACUUGUUUGUACAACUUUCUUCACAAGAAACUUCGUAAAGAGCUAACUUUGACCUCACACUAAAUAAAAACGCACCAGUGAUGUCUGACCUAAUAUUAAGCAUCUUUUUCAUCAAAACCGACUAAACAGAUAUGGUACUUUGUACCAUCAAUUUUAUCAAAAAAACAGAUUUGAUAAUUUUGAUUGAUCUAAUCAUGUUGAUGUAAAAUUAAAUGGUGUUAAUUAUCUUGUUGGCAUUAACUCCAUUUAAAUAGUAUGACAGGGUUUAAAUGGCAAAAAUUUUCUUCUGAAGUACCUUCAAGUUUUGCAAGAAAGUGGGAGAAAUAUUUUUGCAGGUUAAAAACAAAUUUCCAAAAACAAGAGUAGUAAUAUAUAGAUAUAGAAUUUAUUUUAUUAAGAAGUUCGUAAUUGUUAUAUAAAUCAUAUUUGGUAGUAACAUAUAUUAUCUAUAAUAUAUCAUUGGAAAGUACAAGAUUUGAUAAAAAAUAAUAUUUAACAAUAUUCAUAAAAUCAAGUUUUAGAAGACAAUGGGAAGUGACCAAUGACAUAAUUGUUGUAGUUGUAAUGUCUACUUUUAUGUUAUUGAAUGGUAAAUAAAUGUUUCUGUAGAAACUAAAAGGAAAUUCCAAAGAAAAUACAUGAAAAUAAAUUUUAUGUUUUUGAGUUUGAUUAGCCAAAAAUGUAUAGUGCACUGAACUGUCACAAUUUAUAUUAAUUGCCUCAAGUUUGUAUUUAUAAUUAAAGUGAUAUUCUCAAGGUUUGUUAAUUUUCCGAAAAAAUAAAUUUGUGAAUGUUGAGUGAUGCAUAGUACUUAACUAGACUUUUUUAUGUUAUUGUUUUUUUUCAUUGCUGUUAUUAACAUCAUUUAUUGAUGAAGACAUUCCAAGAUAUCUGUAUAUCUUAAUAUAAUUUCAAUAUUUUAAUUUAUUUUCUUUUGCUUAUGUCAUGUAUCAUCUGAUUGAAUUUUAUCAUUUCAUAAUUAUUCAGAAGCCAGAUAAAUGUUUGUGGUGCAAUUUUACAUUCGUAUUACUUAUAGAGGACAAGGCUCCCAAAAUAAAAUUUAUAUUUUGAGUAAACUGAAGAAAUCAAGCUAAAUGACGUUAAAAAUGUUUCAAGUAGGCACAUUUUAUUUUUAUCACAAACCUAAUUGUGUUCUAUAUUUUAAUUUAUAUAUAACAUAUUGACUAUAAAUGAACUUUAUUGGGUUUGUUUUGUUUUUAAAAUUUAAAAAUCUAUUCCUAAUAUUUUUUUUCAAUUUCAAUUUUCUAUUGGUGAACCAAGAAAUAGUUCUUUAUUUGAUGAAAGUAGUGAGCACUAAGAGAUUAUUUUAUGGUGAUUUUGUAUACUUGAAUUUUUAAGAAGUAUUUAAUAUUGUAUGAGGAGUUGGUCUGGGGUGCUGUCAAAUAAAUACUAAAAAAUAUAAUAGUAUUUAUUUUAUCGCAUCCCCGACCAACUCCUUCUCAUAUCAUAAUCAUGGUCAACCGCCUUUACACCAUUUAAUAUUGUAGUAUUAUAAUUUUACUUGUGCUGAAUAGAGAAUGGCACUUCAGUGAUAUUUAAAGACUUGAAACUCACUCUACCAACAUACAAAGGUGCAGAAGACAUACACAGAUUGAGUCCAAAGGAACAUGUGAAUAAACCUUUAAUACAAAGCAAAAUAUAUUGUACCUUGCUAAUAUGGGUUGCAUUUUAAUUUUUUAAUGAAUUUGAAUAGCUUUCAAAUGAUUACCAACAUUUUUUGAGAUAUUCAGAGAAUAAUUGUUAGAAUUUUGACAUAAUUUUUUUAACCACUUUUUCCAAACCCAGCUUUAUUGGCACUGCCAUUUUUGAGAUAUAGUUAUAAACAAGUGAAUCACAUCUUUCUUUCAUAUGAGCCCUUCAGUUGACAAAAUGACUAACUCAAAAUUCAACAAUUUUGAUAAAUAAUUUUAGGGAUAUCUCUAGUGUGAAAAUGUAAACCUUUCUUCACAGUUCUAUAUUUCAACACUGCUAUCACCUACUCACUGUCUGUCCAGAUAUAAAUUUUCCAAUUAGAAAUAUCACUAAAAUGAUUUUACCCAAAAAUGUUGAAAUUUGAGUUGUCAUUCUGUCAACAGAAAGGCUUAUAUAUAAAAACUGGUUCACUUCAAUCUCGAAGACAAAAUAAAUCAUUGGUAAGAAUCAAGAAACCUCAGUUGAAGGGGAACAAUAAACAAUAAAACUGUUAGUAAGCAGAGAAAUUUUCAGUACGUAAAUUAACUCUUGAAAUUGUAAAAUCAUCAAACAAUAAUUAGAAAAAGGAAAAAUAUCGAAUAAAAUGAAUCCUUUAUUAAUACAAAGAACCACAUCUUCAACAGAAGAUAGCAAUAUUUAUAAGUGAAGACAUGAUUGGUUUUCGGAGGCGGGAAGGUAAAUCCAAAGAUAAAAGAGUGGCAAUUGCUUAAAAAAUAAAUUCUAAACUUAAUUUAUGAAUGGGGUUGAAUACUUGUCCCAAUUAUGAAACUUAAACUAAAGAGAAUAAAAGAGAUAAAUUAAUGCUUAUAUUUUAUUUUGUCAUAAAUAAUGAACUGAGUUAUAUUUAACAUCACAAUGGUCAGUCACUAAACACAUUACAUAGAAACUUGUUGCAGGAGAUAGACUGGACCACACAUCUAUUCAAAAUAUCAUGCAAUAGUAAAUAAGAAAAUCACAGUUAAACAGAAAACAUUAAAAAAAAAAAUAUUUACAGGUAUAGCAUGUUAAACUCUAUUUCUUACAUGGUGACUUUAUUUACAUAUAACGAUUUCAACAUAAAACUUAAAACAUAUUUUUUGAUUUAUCAGAUUCAUUCAAAAAAGAAAAUAAUGUAAAAACUCAGAUGACUAUAUACUAUACAUCAAAUUACGUAUAUGUAUACAUCAGUCGUAUAUGUAUCUUUAAAAACAAAUUUAAAAUAUGAUAUGGGUAUCUUUAAUAAACCAUUAGAUGGAGGGAGGUAAUACAUUGGAGUAAGCUGCUAUUUAUUUUUUACACUUUUCUCAGCAGCCUUUUUUGCUUUGACCAUUUCUACAAGGUCUUUGUAUCUCUUCAUACAGUCUUUCUUACUCCUCGAUGGAACACAAUCAGCUAUCCUAUCCCACCUUUCUGGUGUGCUCGCCGGGUAAGUCUUCAAGGCUUGCUCUAAUAAUCUCUGUUCUUCUGCAGUCCAUGCUAGUAGUUCUGGACCGUCAAAUCUGUAA